UCUUUCUCUCCAGCCCAGCGCUGGAGUGAUUUAUGGCACAGAAGGCAGGCCCUUCAGAGGAGUGCUGUGAAAGUGAAGAUGGGCUUAACUAAGUGAUCCAAUGCAGUAUGCCAGAGAUCUAUCUUAGCACAGAACUUGCGUAGUAAUCGCCAGUAGAUGCUUAGAGGGAAGUAUAAAAAUUGCCUUGUCAGGAAUGACCAGUCUGGAAAUCUGAUUUAGAGACUUUCUGACUGCGGGGUCACAGUCUGACUUCUGGAGGACAGAUGAGUUGUUAGCUGGCAUAGCUUAUCAGAAACUCCAUAAGAGUCAGUAAUGAUGAAUGGUUCCGACGUUGCCAAUACAACAACAUCCAGCCCCAAAUCCAAAGAGGACCAAGUAGUGAAUGGCCACGAUGAAAAGGAAAACAACCCUUUUGCAGAGUACAUGUGGAUGGAGAAUGAAGAAGACUUCAACAGACAGGUGGAGGAAGAGCUGCAGGAGCAGGAGUUCCUUGACCGCUGUUUCCAGGAGAUGCUGGACGAGGAAGACCAGGACUGGUUCAUUCCAUCACGCGACCUGCCCCAGGGCAUUGGGCAACUGCAGCAACAGCUGAAUGGGCUCUCUGUUGGUGACGGUCACAGUUCGGAGGACAUUCUGAGCAAAAGCAACUUGAAUCCAGAUGCCAAGGAGUUUGUGCCUGGUGUGAAGUACUGACCUUCAAGGCUGGCUUUGGAAAGACUGUGUCCCUGGCUCCAGUGGUGGGGAAGAUGGCAAUAAGGAGCAGGGAGGAAAGGGAAGGGAUCCACCCACCAGCUGGACUCUGCGCCGUAGCAGAGUUGCUGCAACAUGGCAAAAUCUUGCUCUACGCUUCAAGUACCAUUUGGGGGAUUUUUGUUUUGGCUUUUUUUAUUCUUUCUUUUCAUAGUUUAUCACUUUUUGGCAGUUUUUGCUUUCUAGGACUUGUGGCCUUUAGGUCUGUCCUGGAGUCCAGCACUCUUCCUGCUUCAGAAGCCAAUUUUUGAUGCGUGCUUCAGACCUGCUAGUGACAGAGUCAUGUUUUCUUGUUUAAGUAGAAUUUGUAGGGAUCCCCCUGCCUGCUUGCUCCUAUCUCAGAUGUAGCGAGCCAGGAUGGACAGGGCCUGGGCAAGGAGCCACACCAGCUUUUUGUAAUUCCAUUAAACAGGAUUUUUUUUUCUUUUUUAUCUAAAGGAAAGGUGAAGUGUAACAAGACUGUAAAGCCUAAGUCCCUCCAAGCAGCAGACUGCAUCAGAUCUCUGAUAAGUGCUGAACACUAAUUUAUAUGCUGCUUUGCUGGUAGGUGAAAGAGUCCUGCCUGCUUUAAUUGGUUGUGGGAGUUCUUGCACAGUGGGGGAGACCAGAUCCAUUAGACACUAGCCCCUGCCAUCCUUCCUAGGGGAGGUGUUUCUGCUGCAAAAUAUGUGUUCCCCUUGAAUUUUUUUUUUCCGCCCUGACUUUUGGGCUUAUCCAGCGUUAGACUAUGGCUCUGAAGCAUCUGUACCUUCAUUUCUUACUGAAAUAGUUGAAAUAAAUCCAAGAGAAACUGAA